AUGGCAAAGAAGUCAAAGAAAAGUGCGGGUGAUAAUAUCAACGCAAAACUACAACUUGUCAUGAAAUCGGGGAAGUAUCAGUUUGGAAGAAAAUCAUGUUUAAAGGCUUUGAGAACUGGAAAAGGGAAAUUAGUAAUUGUUAGUAGCAAUUGUCCACCUAUUCAAAGAAGUGUAAUUGAAUAUUACGCUAUGCUUUCCAAAUGUGGUGUUCAUGAUUAUCAUGGAGAUAAUAACGACCUGGGGACAGCCUGCGGUAAAUUGUUCCGUAUUAGUUGUUUGGUCAUUACGGAUGUUGGUGACUCAGACAUAAUUAAAACGAACGAAUAG